UGCAUGGCUGUGCGUGGUUGAUGUUUGCGGGCGUCGGGGAACGUUUUAUUUAAAAGCGAUAAUCGUUUUUCAUUUAUACAUCAUGGAAACUCAACAGCCUCUGCUUAGUCUUUUAAGUUUAAAGGUAGCACCACCUUCGGAGGUGCAACAUUCGAGUUUAGAGGAAAACGUGGAAAGAGUCGUGGAUGGAGAGGCGGUGAAAUUGCCCGCAGCUCUCGAGCAGGCUUUAGCCUUCAAAAAUGAGAGAGCUAAGGAAGUUGGAGCCGAUCCGAACGAAGUUCUUGUCCCGGGAGUAUCCCCCGAUAACGAGAAUGCUGGAGAGGAAACUGCCCCAACGGCGGAAGACGCUUUACCUAAAAUGGACAUUGUUCCUGGGAAGACAGAUGCUAAAACGAAUAAAAUAAAAAAAAAGAAGAAGAAGAGAAAGAAGAAACAUAGCGAAGAAAAAAAGGAUCAAGAAAAGAAGAAUAACAUGGAUGAGGGUAAAACUCACGACAUGCCCGAGGUUGAAUACAUACAAGAGAUUCCAAGCGUUAACGAUUUGGAGCCAAUGUAUCGCCAGUUUGCUAGAGUUUUUGAAGCAUUUAAAUUGACAGAAGUAGAACCUCGUUCUAACGAUACGAGCGAUAAAGGCGAGCCUAUAGGACAAUACCCGCCUACAGCUGCUGUUCCAACAACAGGUACUGCACCUAGUAAAAUACCUCCAUUGGAUGAUUUUGACGACGAGGCUGGUCAGCAACAACAACAGCAGGGAGUCGGUGAAAAUGGUGCACCACGUCUGUCAAAGAGAAAGCUUAAGAGGUUAACUCGUCUGAGCGUGGCCGAACUGAAACAAUUAGUCGGACGUCCUGAUGUCGUCGAAAUGCACGACGUUACGGCAAGAGAUCCUAAACUUCUCGUUCAGUUAAAAGCACACCGUAACACGGUACCGGUGCCACGACACUGGUGUUUCAAAAGAAAGUAUUUGCAAGGAAAGAGAGGUAUCGAGAAGCCUCCUUUUGACUUACCAGAUUUCAUCAAGCGUACAGGAAUCACAGAGAUGAGAGCUAGUCUGCAGGAACGUGACGACACUCGAACCCUUAAAGCGAAAAUGAGGGAGAGGGCGAGACCUAAGUUAGGAAAAAUCGACAUCGACUAUCAGAAGCUACACGAUGCCUUUUUCAAAUGGCAAACUAAACCACGUAUGACUAUUCAUGGAGACUUAUAUUACGAAGGUAAAGAAUUUGAAACGCGAUUGAAAGAGAAAAAACCGGGUGAAUUGUCGGAUGAAUUGCGCACGGCAUUGGGUAUGCCAGUGGGUCCAAAUUGCCACAAAGUACCUCCUCCCUGGUUAAUCGCGAUGCAACGCUAUGGCCCUCCACCGAGUUACCCCAAUUUAAAAAUACCUGGAUUGAAUGCACCAAUCCCCGAGGGUUGUGCUUUUGGCUACCAUGCCGGAGGCUGGGGUAAACCUCCCGUCGACGAGACAGGGAGACCAUUGUACGGGGAUGUGUUCGGGGUAGCUCGUGCUCCCGGAGGUGAUGCCGUCGACGAGGAGGUGGAUAGAGGAAUGUGGGGAGAACCAGAGUCCGAAUCAUCGGGAGAAGAGGACGAAGACGAAGACGGAGAAGAGGGUGGAGAUGGCGAAGGCGACGGCAAGGAUGGAGAUGGCGAUGCGAGUGGAUUGGUAACUCCUGGAGCCGAGGGUUUGAUCACUCCCAGUGGUAUCGCGUCGAUUCCCGCGGGUUUGGAAACUCCAGAAACAAUAGAACUGAGAAAGAAGAAAAUUGAAAGUGAAAUGGAGGGUGGCGAUACGCCUGCACUGUACACAGUCCUCCAGGAGCGUCGAACCGAAGGCUUGGGAGCGAGCAUGAUGGGCAGUACUCACGUGUACGACAUGACCGGAGCUGCCGGCGGUCAAGCACCUCCUUCGGUGAUAGCAGCUCGUCGUGGAAUAAGUGGUUCGGCAACGGAUAGUCGUGGAGAAAAAGAUGGAGCCGUGGAGUUAGCCUUGGACCCAAGUGAAUUAGACCUCGAUUCCGAAGCAAUGGCGUCGAGAUACGAGGAGACUAUGCGUUCUCGACAAGCACAUCUCAGACGAGAAGACUUAUCGGAUAUGCUGCAAGAUCACGUGCAACGACAAAAGAGCAAGAGAAAACGGCAGCAAAAUCAAGAUACAAAAUCAUCUAAAAAGUACAAGGAGUUUAAGUUCUAAACUAAGUUCUACUUAUUGGUGAAUAAUUAGACUGUCCCUAAAAGAUGGCCGAAUUUAAUUCAAAGGAACUAAUGCAUUACGUAACUUAAGUGUAUUAAGAUUAAAUUGUAAAUUUGACAUUUACGUUAUGUAAUGUUUAGGAUAACAGGUAAAGAGCAUACGUUGGAAGCAUGGUUUUAUGUAUAAAACGUUUUGCCAAGGUCUGUUAUUUUUCUUUCAUUCUCUCGGUAAGUAUUUUGUAAAGUAAAAGUACACAUUAUGUCAAGGAAAAGAAAUAAUGUAUAUCACGUAUUUACAAUUAAAACAAAUAUUUUGCUUUA